UGCUAUCAGAACAUGUCUGAAAAAAACAUGGAAGAGAAAGUUGAGCAAGCUACAAACAGUAAAAAUGUAUCCCUGCCGAUGUCGAGGGUGCGAUUAAUCAUGAAAAGUUCUCCCGAUGUGUCCUGUAUCAACCAGGACGCUCUUUUCUUGACAACAAAAGCUACGGAGCUUUUUGUCAAGCACUUGGCCCUGUCCUCGUAUAAAAAUGGUUCGGGUAAAGAGACGAACACGCUGUCAUACAGUGAUCUGGCCAAUGCUGCGGAGGAAACGGAAACAUUUCAGUUUUUAACUGAUAUCCUUCCUAAGAAAAUCCUGGCCAGAGACUAUCUAAAGUCACUGGAAGAAAUGAAAAAAGAUGAUGACAACCUGUGAUGUGAUGUAUAUCAAGUUGGAAAAAAAUCACUGUGAACUCAUCCUGACCAGUAGAUAAAAUCAUAGGACAUUGUCUUACAAAUCAGUACUUUUCACCCAAAGAGUUGUACUUUUGAACCUCUGUUGUUUUAGAGAGGUAAUGUACAUGUUUUACUUAAUGUAGUCAGUAUGUUUUAGCACCCACUUACACUUUGCUGUGUGUCAAAAUGUCUGUACCACUCUAGAUUCACAACUGAACCACUGUGAGUACUUCAAACCAGGAUAUAUGGUGCUUUGUCAUGGAUCAUUGGUGUUUAAUUACUGCUUGACACCAAGAUUUGUAUGUUUCGAGAAGAUCCAAACAUCUGUACAUUCAAUUCAAUUCAGUGUAAAAUCUUAUUGAAAAUGUUUUCUCAGGGUUUAAAAUGUAUUUUAGAGGUAUAUUUCAUGCCCAUGCAUUAACGUUUUCAUCACUGAGGAUAAAAAUACAUUUGAUUCAUACUUGACUUUGGACUGCAGCUGAAGAUUUAUAUAGUGUACUGUAUAGUUUUUAAAUGCUUUUUGCUUUUCAUGCAGUUUGAUUUUUGUAUUUGAAUAAAAAAAAUUGCUGAUUAUG